ACACACACACACACACACACACACACAACACCGAAACGGACACCGACACCGAAACGGACACCGAUAGCGAUACCGACACCGAUACCGAUACCGACACCGACACACAGACCGAUAUGCGAACAGACACUGUCACAGCGAGUAAACUGUGGAAUCCAACUGAUCGUCAAUAUGUCUGGAUGA